AUGCCAGCAGGGUCGAACUGCCGACCCAAUUUGUUGCAGCAGAGCUGUACUCCUGGCCCACCGGACCAUCUGAUCGACGCCAAUUUACAUCUGACUCACUUUAUGGAGUUAAGAAAUGGCACUUCAAUUUUGAUCGCCCAGAUUUUUCUCUUCUACGUUCUCCGCAGUUAGUGCUGUGUUGGCUGCUGGCGCGCCCCGCCCUGGGGCUACCUGUGCGUCCCGGCGGCGGAGGCGUCGCUGGCGUCGGCGGCGUCGCGCAGGCCCCGGCGCGCCGACCUGGAGGAGUCAGCCAGCGGAGACGACCUCAUCUCCGGGAGUGACUUCCUCUCCGUCUUCAUCGGCGCCCGCGGCCCCGCAGCGCUCCGGCGCUGCGCGCCCCGCCCCCCGGCGACGAGCCCGCAGCAGAACCCUCGGCGCGUUCGGCGCCGCCUCAUCCCCAAACCAAGUCCAAGACCGCAACGCCCAACACGCCGCACGUGCGCCGUCCCCUCCGCCUGCCGCCCCGCCCCUCCGCCCCGCCCCCGCCCACCACCGGCCGCUUGCCCGCCCCAAACGCCGGCGGGCCGACCUCUCCUUCGAUCGACCGGCAUCCAGCACGAUCCUCUGCGGAGGCUUCCGCGCGAAUUGCGCAUAGUCCGAACCGAACAUGGACCUCCACGCGGAGAGUCUGAUAAAAACAACCCUUUGUACGAAACUACCAGUCAAGACACGUCAGAGUAUCAACUCACAUACCGCCUAACAGAAGACACGGCUACCAAUUCCGACUGCGAUGCGCAAACGACGUCCCGAGACGAUUUACUGGAUCUGGCCGUGUCCGACGGCGAGGCAGAACAACCUGCCGCAAACAGAUGUGACUGUGGUAGCAGCAGCAACAUCAACCCCCCACCACCGCCGCCACCGGUUCAGCAGGUGGUCUCGGUGCGUGUGUUCCUCAUCGGUGGUACAGGGUCCGUCACCAGCACCCAUUUUGCGAAGGCGAAGGCCCAAUCCAGCGUCACCAAGCACGACGGGCUGGCGCAGACCCCAGCAGCGCCGGGCGUCAGAGGAGGACAUGCAGCGGCAGUUCGAAGCGGACACCAACUCGUUGUCGGACAGUCGCGCCGGCGCUCCCCAGAAUCCACUGCCGUGCCGUCCAGGAGUCGGAACUGGAACCCCCGCAGGCGCCGCCGCCGGCUCUGGUCACAGGAGGAGCAGCCCACCAACAUCGCGGUCCAGCGCGCGAGUUCAGCGUGGAGGAAUCCUCCCGUCCUCGUCCGAAGCUGUCCCCCGCGCCGGGACGACCCCUCCGUCCUCAAGACGGUCGCCCCGCGUGGUGGAGGUGACGCGCAACUCGCAGAGCGCGCCGGUCAGCUACCACACCAGCGUCUCUCCGCCAACGUGGCAAGCCGCGUGCAGUUCUACAGGCGGCCGCCCAGCUACCACCGCGAGAUGCCGUCCAAACGUGGCCGAGUCGAUUCGCACCGAGGAGGCGAUCGAGAGUCGCAUGGGGCGGGUACGGCACCCCCGCAUCGCGAGUGCGGCAUCUCCGGCCCGCACGAGCGCCGUCAGCUCACUUCGGAGGUGCGCUCGUCCCACCCGAGGCGGCGGCGGCGCGCGAACGGCCCAACGCCCUACCCGCGACAGAAGAGCUUCCGCCCGCGCACACCCGAGCGCAACUACGAGCGUGCGGAACGCAACUUCGCCCAACCCGAACGCCAACUACGCCAGACGGAGCGCAGCUAUGCGCAACCCGAACGCAACUUCGCGCAGACGGAGCGCACCUACGCGCUAGCCCGAGGCGACGUAACUCGCUGCCCGAGCGCAACUACGAGGUUGGACGAGGCGGUGAAGCGUGAUGAGCACGGGCGCGCGCACGGCGUGCAUGCCGACAUGCGCCCUUCGCCCGCGCCGCCGCCGCCGCAGCCCGCGUCCAGCAGCCGCAGGUGCCGCGGCCCACGCACGCCGCUGCCCGUCUGUGGAGCGCGCGCCGGGCGUGCUGGACACGUCGCAGGCCGCGACCUGCCCAAACCACAAGUUCGGCUACGUGGUGGAAGGGCGCAACUACCGCAGUACCGACGUGGAGGAGCGAAGCCCGACGGGUUCACUCGUGGGGAGUACGGCGUGGGAGCCACGACGACGGCACGCUGCGCGCGUCGCGCUACACGCGGACGGCAAACACAACCACAGCUCAAUCUACGAAGCGAUCGUCAAGUUCCCUGUCGCUGUAAGGGCGGCUCGCCACGCCCUCCCGCGACGCCGCCACGCGUCCUUCGGCCGGUCGAUCUUCCCUGCAGCGCGUCCUGCUGUGGGGGCGUCUUCCUCUCGAACCGGAGACGCGCCACCACGCGCGAUCUUGCCAUCGGCGCAGUCCAGCGGGGAGGGUCGACGGAGCGGGAAGGAGGACCGAGCGGGCGAGCGCUCAAUCCGCGCGAUUGGAUCGCGAGUUGCCAGCUGCGCGCGCCCAGAUGCAUCGGCUGUGAUGGAGGGCCGCGCGUGGCAGAGCUCCCGCCCCUCCCCUCCCCCGCCGCCCAGCCCCGCCUCGCUGCCCCGUUCCCACUGCCCGCCGCCGCCCGCUGCCGCGAUGACUGGCUGCACAUGCCCCCGCGCGCGCGCCCGUCGCCCUUGGGCGAUAGGGAAUUGCGGCCUCACAUUCUGUUGUGCUCUGAGUGA